CCCAUUGGUCUUAUUAAAACCCUUCUCCUCCCUCCUCGUCCCAUUGGUCUUAUUAAAACCCUUCUCCUCCCUCCUCGUCCCAUUGGUCUUAUUAAAACCCUUCUCCUCCCUCCUCGUCCCAUUGGUCUUAUUAAAACCCGUCUCCUCCCUCCUCUGGAUCACUUUCUUCCACCUGAUCCCUCGUUCCAAAGACCUAAGGAUGGACUGGAGCUCUUACGAGAUAGACCCUCUGGAUGUCCCUCCUCUCACCCCCACCAGUAAGGAGGUCCUGAGCCAGGCGAUAAAGACCACCUUCGCUGGCUUCGCCCAGGAGAGCAGCCGUAUGCACUUCCCACAAGACCCUAAACUGUGGUCAGAGUGGGAGGUGAACCACUGGUUAGACUGGUGCCAGGCUGAGUUCGGCCUCCAAAGCCUGGGCUCGGAUUGGAGAGGGCUGCCUGGAAGUGAGCUCUGCACCCUGGACAGAGAGGCCUUCCUGGACCUGAGCUCUGAUUACACAGCAGGAGAAAUCCUCUGGGAACAUCUGGAAACUAUGCGCAGAGAUUGUGAAUAUGAUCAUGGUUCCUCUCUAGUCCUUUGCACGUCGAAUUCUCUCUGCCAGUCGCAAACGAACCGAGACAGUUACGUGGACCAUGUGCAGCUCAUGGACAAGCAGAAUCACCAUGGUCAGUUCUCCCAUCUCCCAACAGAACCCCCACAGCUUCUGACCCUUGACCCUGUGACUGUGAGAUAUCAGGACUACCACCGGGUCAAACAGGAAGGACCGUACAGAAACCACCUGUCCUCUGUCCCUCUGCUCCGAGACCUUGACAGGACAGAUUGUGAUUCUGAGUUUGGGACCCUGCAUUAUGAGGACACGGACAUCACCGCUUCGCUGUCCUUGACUAGGCCAAUGCAGGAUUUAGACAAGGGUGUGGAAGAGUCCAUCUCUGAGGACCCCUUCAAUUUGCCAACCCCACACAGGAGCUUCAAAGAGUUUAUAGGGGACAAGACUGAUCUGGGGAGAGCUGUGGUUCCGGCAGGCAUUCUCUCUGCUUAUACUGGUAGCGGUCCCAUUCAGCUGUGGCAGUUUCUAUUGGAGCUCCUCAUUGACCGCAGCUGUCAAUCAUUCAUCAUUUGGACAGGGGAUGGAUGGGAUUUUAAACUGACAGAUCCUGAUGAGGUGGCCCAGCUAUGGGGCCGGAGGAAGAACAAACCUAAGAUGAACUACGAGAAGCUGAGUCGAGGCCUGCGCUACUACUACGACAAGAACAUCAUCCACAAGAACGCUGGCAAGCGCUAUGUCUACCGCUUCGUCUGUGACCUGCAAGGCCUGCUGGGAUACGAACCCUGGGAACUGCACGCCAUGUUGGAUAUCACGGCCAAAGACGGACAUGAGUGAAAGCGAGGAAUUGGGCGUUUCCUUUAUUCCUCGACCACUUCUAAAAACGCAUUGGAGGAGAAGGUCCGAGGGGAAUGGAAGGAACCUCAGAUAUUCUCCUUCAGUGAGUUUUGAGAAGGCGGUUGAAGAAUCAAGUAAAGACUUUUGAGAUUCACCCUAUGGUGCAGACGGCGACGGGUCAAGAGACAGAGACUGUGUUUACAAAAACUCAACCUCCUUAUCAUUUGGCCAUAUGGCAAUCAUUUCUUUGAUCAUGGUCAACUGAAUCAUGAUUGGGGGUAAGCUGUGGGGCUUGUAUGUUUGUAUGUGGUAUGUAUAUAUUCAAUAUAAUUAUUGAAGAUGUGAGAAGAGAAACAUUUUUGUUUAUAUAGUGCCUUCAGGAAGUAUUCGUCCCCUUGACUUUUUCCACGUUUUGUUGGGUUACAAGGUGGGUUAAACACAUUUUGGUCAAUGAUCUACACUAAGUUACUCUGUAUUGUCAAAGUAGAAGAAAUAUUCUAACAUUUGUACAAAACAAAUAUGAAAAAUAAAACCCAUAUCUUGAUUACUUAAGUAUACAACCCCUUAAGUCAAUACAUGUUAGAAUCACCUUUGGCAGUGAUUACAGCUGUGAGUCUGGGUAAGUCUCUAACAGCUUUGCGCAUCUGGAUGUACAAUAUUUGCACAUUAUUCUUUUAAAAAUUCUUCAAGCUCUGUCAAGUUGGUUGUUGAUCAUUGCUAGACAGCCGAUUUCAAGUCUUGCCAUAGAUUUUCAAGACAAUUU